ACUCAUUAACUUAUUUCUCCUGUGCCAAAAAAAUUGUACGAAAAUUUUCAACCAAAAAAAAAGUUGCACUUUCUUCCCAAAAAAGAAACCUACUUUAAUUUCUAACAUAAUCUUAACUAGUUUUGUUUCAUAAAUUAUGGCACACUCAAGUGAUUAUCAAGAAAAUUAUGAUCUUAAGAAAUGUAACGAAGAAUUAGAAAGGAAAUUAAGGGAAAGUCAAGUAAGAGAAAAAAAGAUAAGGGAAGAGUUAUAUAGAGCAUUGGAGAGGGCUAGAGUUGCAGAAGAAGGAGAAGAGAUGCUUUGUUCUCAAUUAGGAGAGCUUGAAGCUGAGGCUGUUGAUCAAGCUCGCGAUUUUCGAGCUCGAAUGUUAGCUUUAAUGGAGGAACUCUCCAAAGCACAGAAGUUACUUCAAGUUCAUUCUAUACCUAUACCAUAUAUUAAGGAGUGGUAGGUUUGAAUGUGUGAUUUGAGUUAGUAAUACUUUUUUCGUUCUGAAAUAAAUGAAACGCUUUUUUUUUAUUUUUUUAUGUGAGUGCGUUUUUAGAGAAGUAUUUUAUUUGUAUAAGAACAGAAAAGUAUAAUGUUUAUGUAAAUAGCUUUUUUUUUGCACCGGCUUACAAAUUAUUAAUGGUGUUUUUUAUAUGGACUAUAUAUUUGGAUUGAAGUUUGAUGUAUCAUGUGGUAUACAUAAUGAUUGAAUAACUUGAGAGUAGGUGAUGAUUUUCAUUUUUUUUCAUUUCCCUUUUAUGUAACUCCUUGUAUAAUAUGGUGUGUUUCAUGGUGGAAUUUUGUUUGA